AUGGCCGGUAUACCUGUCACCGAAAAAGAGGACGUCUACGCUAUACUAGAACAUAUUGCUAAGUCUAUUGUUGUGCCCUACAACUGUGCGGACAUUUCUGUGGCUCAUCGUAUAUGCAAGACCAGGAACGCGACCCAUCCAUUUAUUAUUGUUGCAUUCAUAUCAAGGACCAUUCGUGAUGCAUGGCUAGCAGCUAUGAAGAAGAAGAAGAAGCUAAACUCUACAGAGAUAAAUGCAGUGCUGCCUCAGAGUAUUGUCUACAUCAAUGAACAUUUAAUACCGCAAUUCAAGUACCUGCUAAGCUAUGGCAAGAGCCAUUAUGAGCUGCCUCACACAAAUAAUCCAGGGGUCGGCUUAUUUGUCAGCCAGCUCCUCAUCUCGCCGCAGCCACCAGUCACCCCACUGCCGCCAGUCAUCCAACUGCUGCCACCAGUCACCCCACCACCGCCACCAGUCAUCCAGCUGCCGCCAAUCAUCCAACCACCGACAAUCAUCCAACCGCCACCACCAGUCACCCCACCACCACCAUCAGUCAUUCACCCCACCACCGCUACCAGUCAUCCAGCCGCCGCCAAUCAUCCAACCGCCGCCAGUCAUCCAGCCGCCACCAGUCAUCCAGCCACCACCAAUCAUCCAACCACUGCCAAUCAUCCAACUGCCACCACCAGUCAUCCAACCACUGCCACCAGUCACCCGACCACCACCAGUCAUCCAACCGCCGCCAGUCACCCCACCAUCACCAGUCAUCCAGCCGCCACGAAUCAUCCAACCACCACCAAUCAUCCAACUGCUGUCACCAGUCAUCCAACUGCUGCCACCAGACUCCCCACCACCGCCAGUCAUCCAACCACUGCCACCAGUCAGCCUACUACUGCUACCAGUCAUCCAGCCGCCACCAAUCAUCCCACCGGCCGAGGCCAAGAUAGCUUCAAUUUGGCAGUAGCCCUUCAUCCCACCAAUUGGCCUCACUGCAGGAUCCAAGAAUGCAAACUUCCACAAGGAACUGGGUGA